AUGGCGAACACUAACGCAUUUCAUCGUUCCAUUACCUUGCAAGCCUUUAUGGUCCUAUCUGUGCUUUCAGUUUUUGCAGCAGAUGUCGAGGGAGGAGAUGGGUGCCCGAGUUUCUCCUGCGGUCAUCUCCGACAUGUUCGGUCUCCUUUCCGCCGGCGAGGUGAUCCUAGUGAGUGCGGCUCUCAAUCACAUGAGCUGGUUUGCAGCCAUAGUAAGGCUAAAAUUCUCAUCAGCAAUACAGCAUACUAUGUGGCUACCAUCAACUACACCAGUUCGUCUUUCCGGGUUGUGAGCGCCAACUUGGAUACGAACAGCAGCUGCCCUCUUCCUUCCUACACAUUCCCAGUAUACGGAAAAACUGGUUCGGAUGGCUUCGUCGAUUUCUAUACUACUGCCUCCUGGGCAUGCUUUGUUAAUUGUUCCCGAGCAAUAACGAAUAAUAGUUGGUACAAACCUGUUGCUUGCCUGAGUGCGGAAAAAUCACAUGUUUAUGUCCGGGCUAACAUAUAUCCAUGUAAAAUCGGAUAUCUCCAACCUUCUUGUCGAAGCUUGAACAUGAUUCCCUUUGGCGUGGAAUCGUAUAUCUCUAACCUAGAGCUCCAGAAUGUAAGUUAUGAUGAUAUCAUGGAAUUCAUAAGGAUGGGAUUUACGGUUGAGUUUCCUUAUUCUAGUAUUGAAAGCUUCUCGACUGUUGAGAUUAUCAACAAAUGCGUGAGCAACUCAACAAGCUACUUCAAGAAGCUUGUCUCUGAUCCAAGAGCGAUGCACUGGUUUCGUGCUAUAUUCCUUACGGGGAAUCAAUUCAUAAGCUGUUUAUAUUUGGACCGAUAUGGUUCUGUCGGUGUUGCUGUUCCAGUAGUAUUUGGACCUAUAUGUUUCAGUAUUGAAACCAUAAUAUAUUCUAUUGAUGCCCUCAAGUUCCUUUUUGGUCUCUGCAGAUUUGUCUUGGCACCCUUGGCUGUAUUAAUAUUCCUUGCCCACAAGUACUGGAAAACAAGCAUCAUAAUUGAUGCAGUUGAAAAGUUCCUCCGGAUGCAACAAAUGAUCGGCCCAGUAAGGUACGCCUAUACAGACAUCACUGCAAUCACCGGCCAUUUCAGAGAUAAAUUGGGCCAAGGGGGCUACGGCUCCGUGUACAAGGGAGUGCUACUCCCAGGCGAUGUUCAUGUCGCGGUCAAGAUGCUAGAGGGUAACUCCAAUUGUAAUGGAGAAGAUUUCAUCAGUGAGGUUUCCACACUCGGAAGUAUUCACCAUGUCAAUGUGGUUCGUUUAGUGGGGUUCUGCUCCGAGGAAAUGAGGAGGGCGCUAGUCUAUGAGUACAUGCCUGAAGGUUCUCUUGACAAGUACAUUUUUUCCGCCGAGAAGAUUUUCUCUUGGGACAAGCUCAUUGAGAUUGCUUUGGGCAUUGCCAGGGGGAUCAACUACCUCCACCAGGGAUGCGAGAUGCAAAUUGUACACUUUGACAUCAAGCCACACAACAUUCUUCUUGAUGGAAAUUUUGUCCCCAAAGUUGCUGAUUUCGGUCUCGCCAAACUUUACCCGAAGAAUAAUAGUUUUGUUCCACUGAGUGUCCUACGGGGAACUGUCGGGUACAUAGCUCCUGAGAUGAUAUCCCGAAGCUUUGGCGUCAUAUCGAGCAAAUCCGAUGUUUACAGCUUCGGGAUGCUGCUGCUGGAAAUGGCUGGAGGACGUAGGAAUUCUGACCCGAAUGCAGUGAACUCAAGCCAGGCAUACUAUCCGUCAUGGGUGUAUGACCAUCUAAAGAAGCAAGAAGUGGGAGAUGAUGAGAUAUCUACUGCAGCGUCUGAGAUGCAUGAGUUGGAGAGGAAGUUGUGUCUUGUUGGGCUUUGCUGCAUCCAGAUGAAGUCCCACAACCGGCCGACGAUGAGCGAUGUCAUAGACAUGCUUGAAGGUGGCGUCGACGGCAUGGAGGUGCCUUCCAGGCCAUUUUUCUGUGAUGAUGAGGAGGCCGAUAUAACAGAUUCUUACCGUUUCUUCUCGGAGCUUACUGCCAUCUCCGAGGAGGAGGUGAGCGAAGACAUACAUACAUGCAACUGA